AUGUUUAAAAUACGUAAAGCAAAGGAAGAGGAGCCAACGGCUUCAGGGCAGGUGAAAAUAAAAAAGAGGUCAAGGGUGCCCGGAGUUAUGAUCACCCAGUAUGUGGAAGAACUACCUGAAGGCAUGAGCACCCCAGAUUUCACCCGGAAACCCAUUGCUCUGACUAUUCAAGAAGGAAAAUUGGCUAUCUUCAGAGCAGUCAUUACUGGCAACCCAACACCGACUGUGACCUGGGUGAGAAAUAGCGGGGAACUCAACGAAGAAAAUAACAAGAUUGUCUUUGAUUCAAUUGCUGGUGAAUACCAACUACAGAUGCCUGAUGUAUCGGCGGAUCAAGCCGACACCUACAAGUGUUUUGCUAGAAAUGAAUAUGGAAAGGCGGUUGUAACCGCUGCGCUUAAUAUUAUUGAGGUUGGUUUUAAGAAGAGCAGAGCCAUGCAAGAAUCCAGAACAGCGGUCAGAGAGAUACCUGAGGACUUCAAAAAGACCUUAAAUAAGGUUGACAUCGAGGUAAAAGAAGACAAAAAAACAGAAAUUGAUAACAAGUUUUGGGAAGUGUUGAUGAGUGCAGAAAAGAAAGAUUAUGAGGCCAUCUGUGCUCAGUAUGGUGUCACUGAUUUCCGCGGGAUGCUUAAGAAACUAAGUGAGAGGAAGCUGGAGAGGGAGAAAGAGCAAGAAAAGGUUGUUGAAAGGAUUUGCAACCUAAAGCCCAUUGAAUUGAAGGCUGAUGGUGGUGCAGAGUUUGAACUUGAAAUGUCACUAAAAGACCCGAAAAGCAAAAUCUUCAUAUUCAAGGAUGGAAUUAUGAUUCCUUUUGAGGUGGACACAGAAGUAAAACACGGACUGAAGCAGGUGGGAAAGAAGUUUGUGUUCAGCAUCAAUGGUGUCGACCCAGACGAUGCAGGUUUAUACCAAGUGGAGGUUGAUGGAAUAAAGAUCUUCUCCACUGACUUCAAACUUCCCCCAGUGGAGUUCUUGGUCAAGAUUAACGAUGUGAAAGCAGAGGAAAGAGAGGACGCUGUGUUUGAUUGUGUCCUCUCACAACCCAUGAAAAAAAUUAAAUGGAUGGGAAAGAAUAACACACUGGAGCAAGGAGAGAAAUAUGACAUAACUGUGUCGGAGGACAUGCUGAUUCACUCGUUGGUGGUGAAGGACUGCCUACUGUUGGACAAAGGAAUUUAUGCGGCUGUGACUGGACUUAACUCCUGCAAUGCCUGGCUUGUAGUGGAAGCCGACAAUGAUCCAAACGCAAGCAGAAAGAAGAAAGCUCGCAAAACAACCCGAGCAGGUGGUGGUGGAGCCGAACUUUUGAAGAUUGCUGAGGAGCAACAGGCUAACAUACAGAUGGAGAGAGAGAAGUUGAUUGCAAAGGCAAGGGCCGACAAGGAAGCUGCCGACAAGGAAGCUGCCGACGCGGCAGCGGCAGCCGACGCGGUAGCGGCAGCCGACGCGGCAGCCGACGCGGCAGCCGACGCGGCAACCGGCGACGCAGCCGGCAACGCAGCCGGCAACGCAGCCGGCAACGCAGCCGGCAACGCAGCCGGCACCACAGCCGGCAACGCUGCGAGGGUUAUGGCCGAAGCGAAAGCCAAGCCAAAAGCAGGGACGAAAACUGAGAAAGAGAUGGAUGAUACAGCAGAAGGAACCACUGUUGAGGAGAAAGAGGAUGGGAAAGAAGAUGUACAAGGAGAGGCUCCUGCUGAAGUAGCUGAUACUGAAGGGGAGCCAGCACAAGAGAAAAGAAAGAGAGUGAGAGCAGGCCCACUUGUCCCUGAUACAGUCAUUGACCCAGGAGUAUACUUCACGGGAGGACUGUCAGAUGUAACCACAAUCAUUGGUACUGAUGCAGAACUGGUCUGCAGGCUGAGCAGUGAGGACUGUGAUGGAGUCUGGUACAAAGAUGAGAAAGAGAUAACGGCUACAGAAGAUAUCUGUAUUGUUAAAGAUGGGACUUAUCGCAAACUAAUUAUCAAGAACUGCAAAGAAGAUGAUGCUGGAAAGUACCGCUGUGAAGCUGAUGGCCGUAAAACAGAAGCUGCACUAAGUGUUGAAGAUCCUCCAAGAAUUAACCCAGAUGACCUCGCAGAGUUCAAAGAACCUGUCAUAAUCAAAACAGGGAAAGAUGCAGCCUUCGAGAUAUCCUUUGUGGGACGAGAACCCAUGAAGAUCCAGUGGUAUCAUGAGGGUGAAGAGCUCUUCAAGGACACCCAUGUCAGAAUAGAGAAGUCUUCCUCACACAGCCGCCUGGUCCUUACCAAGUGCCAACGCAAACUCACAGGAGAAAUUAAGAUUAGGAUAAAAAAUGAAUGUGGAACAACUGAAGCCAUCACACAGCUUGUUGUUUUAGAUAAACCAACACCCCCACUGGGCCCGGUUGAUAUUAUUGAAGCCUCGUCAAGUGGCAUUGACUUCAAAUGGAGGACCCCCAAAGACAAUGGAGGUUCCCCCAUUACAGACUACAUCCUGGAGCGCCAGCAAAUUGGCCGAAACAGCUGGAAGAAAUUAGGCAAGAUUGGCCCAGAGCCUAAAUACAGGGAUCGUGAUGUCGAUCACGGCAGAAAGUACUGCUACCACAUCAGGGCGGAAACUGAUCAAGGCAUCAGUGAAAUGAUGGAGACGGAUGACAUUCAGGCAGGGACAAAGGCAUACCCUGGAGCUCCUUCUACACCAAAAAUAGUAAGUGCUUUCAAAGACUGCAUCAAUCUUGCUUGGUCUGCACCCACUAAUACUGGAGGAACGAAACUUUUGGGAUACAACGUCGAGAAACGCAAGAAUGGCAGUAAUCUGUGGGGCCAUGUCAACCCUCCCAAUGAACCCAUCAAAGAGAAGAAUUAUGCAGUCACAGAUGUAGUUGAAGGCCUCGAGUAUGAGUUCCGUGUAUCAGCGAUCAACAUUUCUGGAGCUGGAGAGCCAAGUUCGCCUUCUGUCUUUGUUUUUGCCAGAGAUCCAAAGAAGCCCCCAGGUAAAGUUAUUGACCUGAAGGUGACAGACUCCACAUACUCCACCUUAUCGCUGGGCUGGGCCAAACCAACGGAAGAGGAAGGGGUCCAGGAUGAGGCCAAAGGAUAUUUUGUGGAGCUCAGACCAGCAGAAAACCCAGAAUGGGGUCGCUGUAACUCCAAUGCUAUCAUUUUAAGCUCCUAUACUAUUAUGGGUCUGAAGUCCAUGGCCAUGUACUGGGUAAGAGUUCUAGCCACCAAUGAGGGUGGAGACGGGGAGCCUCAAGAGUUAAACAACUACAUCAUUGCAAUGCCUCCUGCAGUGAGACCUCAAUUCACUGACAAAAAAAUGAAGAACUUUAUGGUGAUGAAAGCUGGGAACUCUGCUCGAGUGAACUUCAACUUUCAGGCCUCUCCAAUACCGACUAUUAAAUGGCUCAAGGACAGUGUUCCUGUCGCCAAGCAUGUGACAGUGCACAACACAGACACAUCAACGCAGCUAAUGAUCCCCACAGCAGAGCGCCAUGACACUGGGAUCUAUAUGAUCAUCGUCAAGAACCUUGUUGGUCAGGUGACCGCCAGUAUCGAGAUCAGAGUCACAGACGAGCCCAAGCCUCCGGGCCCCGUGGAGCUGAAGGAGAACGUGUCGGGAACGGUGACGGUGUCCUGGGCUCCCUCUCCAGAUGAGAAGAAAGACGACAGGCUGCACUACGUGAUCACCAAGCGAGACUCUGAGAUGCUUUCUUGGCAAACCGUGGCAGACCAUGUCUUCAAUAACAAGUGCACCGUCGUCAAUAUCAUGCCGGGGAGGCAGUAUAACUUCCGGGUCUACACCAGGAAUGACAUGGGACUUUCCAAACCUUCGGAGUCCACAACCUGGGAAGUGAAGAGAAGAAAAGAAACAUUUUCUUUGAACCAUCCUGCCACUAAAAAUUGCUGCUUUGAGACGCCUCCCUCGUUCUCUGUUCCGCUAAAAAUGCACAAAAUUCCAGAGAGCUACGAGUGCAACAUGAGUUGUGCUGUGACGGGAAACCCCAAACCCCAUGUCACCUGGUACAGGAACAACAUCAGCCUCAACACCAACACCAACUACUACAUCACCAACACAUGCGGCGUCUGCUCCAUGGUGAUACUUAAAGUUGGCCCGAAGGACAGCGGGGAUUACACAGUCAUUGCAGAAAACCCUCUGGGCAGAAUGGAGUGUUCCACUAAACUGGUUGUUAAAGCUGCAGCGGCAUAUCAGCAACGCCAUCAACAGACAGUGCAGUCAGCUGGUCUGUCCGUCAUUCAGCUGCUCGGUCACCCAUCAAGGCCUGUCUAUCCUCACAUCACAAACGUCAUCAACUCCACACUGUCCCCUGGUCUCAUACCCACCACCCCCACUCAAGCUCUUGACCCUGACAUCCCCAACAACUACCGGCCCAUCUCCAACCUCCCCUUCCUGUGCAAAGUCCUUGAGAGAGCCGUUGCAUCACAACUCAAGUCCCACCUCAAUCUCCAUAAUCUCUACGAAACCCUUCCCAUCCGGAUUCCGUUCAAGACGCAGCACGGAAACCGUCCUACUGAAAAUCACAAAUGA